CCCCGUCAGUCGCGCGGUGGCAUCGGUGGAGACGCGCAGACGCCCCCGGUUCUCUCUGGUCGGCGGCAGAGACGGCGGCGACCCGAGAGCAGGCUUUUUGGGGGGCGGACUCCUUCGCCCCUUCGAGUCCCGUUUCGCGGGCUGUCGGAUGAGUAGUGCGCGUCCGGCCGCGAAAGGCGUGCGCGGAUUGUGGAAGCUCCCAGUCUGGGAGGCUUUUGAUUUUUUUUUUCUCGCGAUAUUUGACGUGUGCUCGUGGUCUCGACCGUAGUUUCUGACCGUUCUCGGUGGUGCCCGGCGAGGGUCGACGUCGUCCGAGCCUGAAGUUGGUGUGAAGUGCGUGAGCGUUCUUCCUAUCCGGGCCUGUUCGUUGGCUAGACUAUUUCGUAGUUUCGGCGAGCCACCCUCCCAUAACAUUGUGACAUCGCUUGGCAGACAGGCACAACAGCAAUGUACAGUGCUGGUCGAGUGGCGGAAGCGGUGACCCUCAUGAAGUGAUGUUGGUACGCUUCUAGCUGUCAGCCAACGAGUCCAACCAAGCUACUCUCUCGUCCUCCAAUGGAGCCUACAGGGUGGCAACGCCGAUCCGGUGCAAAACACGACACUACACACGGAACUCCGCAGAGACAGACACCACCACUGACUGCCCUCGUCCCGGCUCCAACAGAAAGCCCGGUCACGUGCACAUCUAGCUUCUCGGAAUGUGCAUUAGCUUGUCGCAAAGCGUCCCCAAACACCAAAAGACGCUUCGCCGCCUUUCGGCCGUCGAAGAAUUUGGCAGAGUCUGUGUUAUAAUCGUUGAGAACCUGGCCGUUUACCAACCAACUCGCGAUCUGCUAAAUCAGCGAAGCAGAAAGGAGACCGGACAGUAUGGCGACGGAAACGGGAUCUCCGACUCCCGUCGCUUCUUCGUCGGGACUGAGGGCGACGACCCCUCCCGCAAUUUUCGCACCAUCGGACGAAAUUCAGGCCGACGUCGAAGAAGAAGCUGUGGACGAGGGGAACGGUGGCGCGUCGGGCCGUCAGCAGCAGCAGCUUAAAACGAAGCAACAGCAGCAAGGAAGGUCGGACAGCUUCGGACGUCCCGAGAGACCAUCGUCGCGGUCCGAUCCCCCGCGGCAGCUGAGCAGCGCCGAGCAGCGCAUCGCGGCCGCCAUACGGCAGCACUACUACCCGGAGGGCGGCUGGGGUUGGGUGGUGUGCGUCUGCGUGUGCCUUGUCAACGCCCUCAGCUGGGGCAUGCAGCUCAACUACGGGGUCAUGCACGCAGCGGCGGUCCAGCAGUUCGGCGAGGAGCACGCCUCCGAAGCACCCUGGCUGGGCUCCGCUUCGCUGGCCUCGUCGCUGUUCGUGUCUCCCGUGGUGGUGGCCUGGUGCCGGCGCAAGAGCGUCCGCCUCACGGCCAUAGUCGGGGGCCUGGUGGCGGCGCUGGGCUGCCUGUUCUCGUCGUUCGCGUCCCAGCUGCACCAGGGUCUCCUGAGUCAGGGCCUGGUGCUGGGCCUGGGCCUGGGCAUGGCGCGGGACGCCGGCAGCCUGGUGCUCGGCCAGUACUUCAAGCGACGCCGCCACUGCGCGGAGGUGGCCGCCUGCGCUGGCACCGGGCUCGGUGCGGCGGCCGUGGCCGCCUUCCUCCAUUCGGCGCUCGGUUCCCUGGGCUGGCGCCACGGCCUGCAGGCAGCGACGGGCCUGCUGUCCCUCAACUUCGUGCUGGGCGCCUUCUACCGGUCGGCGUCCCUGUACCACCCGCACCGGCGCGCCAUCGUGCACUUGAAGAACCAGCGGCGCAAGAUCAAGGAGAAGCAGCCGUGCGCGGAGAAGCCGCCCUUCUUCGACUUCUCCGUGCUUCGCACCCGAACGCUCAGGGUCGUCAUGGUGACCUCCGCUCUUGCCGCGGCCGGACUGUACACGCCGUUCUUCUGUCUCGUUCCGCUGAGCGCAGCCGAGGGCGUCCAAGGAGCGUGGGCGUUGCAGGCCCUCCUGGGCCUCGCAACCGCGGGCGGGACCGGCGUGGCCGGACUGCUGCUGCUGCGGCGCCCGACGCAUUGCGCGCUCAGCCGGCGCUGCCUGUGCCAGCUGUCGCUGCUGGGCGCCGGCCUGGCCAUGCUGGCGCUCGGGGCGCUGAACGGCUUCGCCGGCUACGCGCUGUUCGCGGCCGUCUACGGCGCCAGCGCCGGCGGGGUGGCCUACGCGCUGCGCAUGCUCGUCUUCGAGCGGCUGAGGGCCAGGCACUUUGGCCGCGCCUGGGGAUUCGUCCAGUGGGCCCAGUGCCUGCCGGUCUUAGUAGGGGUGCCCGUCACAGGUUACAUCAACAAGUCGAGGCAGGAUCCGAAAGCGGGCUUUUAUUUCUCGGCAGCGUGCACUUUCGCCGGGGCCACGAGUCUCUUCUUCCUGCCGGACGGCCGGAGAGAGUCGACUCGUUGCAUCCACGCUCCUCACCAGCACAAGCUGCCGCCCCACCACUACCACAAUCACAACCACUCGCUCGAUGCCCCGUGCUGCGAGUGCCAGUGUCCGCAGCACCGACACCCGAGUGCUAGUGAGACCCCGAACAAGGGUAGCUUCGAGCACGCGGACAACGCCGACGCCGACGCCGUAGUGAUCAGGACGCCCUGCGCCUGCAGCCGCAGGUCUCUGCUGUCAUAUCAGAGGAGCACGUCGUGGUCCACUUCGAUGGAGUACCUGGACCAGCCUCCGGGCCUGGGCGGUGUGUUUGCGCCGGACGCAGACUGCCUCGACGACGAGCUGGCCGAGAUUGUGCGACGGCCGGAGCUGCUGCAGUUUAUCGCUGACGAGCGACUAGUGGUAGACGUUAGCGCCCGCUGCGCGUCGUGUGGUGGUGUGGUGGCUGGACCACUGUGCGACUGCGCCCCAUCAACCAGAGACAGAGCCGUGGUGUCGCCUAAAAAGGCGCACGCCUCGCGAUGCGUCCACGAACCGCUGGUGUUCCGCUCAACCAUGGCUCCUAUUGAAGAAGUGACCAGCACCGUAUAAUCUAAUAACGUACAGAAAGCGUAAUGCCAGUGAAUACAUCUUUCGUGGGUCGACACUGCGGUUCAUUAAAGUGUCGUGAUCAUUUCCAUGCAGCUCGGGAACUAAGGCCAUAGAGUCGUCGUCAAGGUUGAAGGGAUGCAGGUUCCGAUUUUCAGCCCAGCGUUAGCUUGCAGCUAAUGAGACAGCACAAUGAGUUCAUUGCGUAUGCACCAGCACAUGUAUGAAAGGAGAAAUCAGAAAAAGCCCCGAAAAGGCGUUCAUCCCGGGUUCGAUCCCCGGACCAGGACAAAUUUUUCUUCAACUGCAAAACUUUAACAAAAAAAGUCCGCCUCACUUCGAACCUGUGAAAGGGGAUGUAAAGCGAAGCUGUUGCCGACGUUAGGCAAACACGUAGAUGACGUCACACAACCACCACGCCCACAAGCGGCGUACGUCACGCGCGCACGAACGUGUGCGCGAGUGCGGCUACAUCCUCAUUUUUCAAGGCCCUCCACGAAGCGCAAGUACAUUAAUCAAGAAAAUGAAUCUGUAAAAGUUAAUUGCACCAGGGAAUUCGUUAAGUUCGACUUACACACAACCUGCGGACAUGACAGCGACGGAUUGUAAUUCGAAUAUACGAGGAAACAUAAUUCUGUUACGCGCAAGCUCAAACACAAAGCCGUCCAGCUGCCGUUUGUUUUUGGGUGAGCACCCCACGAAAAAUCCCGACCAACUAGAGGCCAACAGCUUCGCUGUAAAACUUAUAUGCGUUUUCUUCAUAGGUUAGCGUUACAGUCGGGUGGAUGACAAUUCUCCCUUUCAGGAACCUCAUCUCCACUUUGCGUGUUUCCGCAGAGCGGCAGUAAACCUGAAAUGCCGACUGCGUGCCCACGCUCAUAAAAUAUUGAGCUGUCUGGCAGAUUCCCCCCCCCCCCCCCUGUUUAAAUUUUGCCACCGACUUUACAGGCAGAGAAGAUAAACGCUCAGCUUCGUCCGCGUUGCGUGCAUGUCCCGCGUUGUGCCGAAUCAAGCCGGUCUUGACCUCUUUUCUACUUAAAGCGGCCUUCUACGGCGCUGUUCACCACCGCUUGGACUUCGCUUCUUCGGUGAAAGGAGUGAAAUUUAAUGAUUCCCACUCACGAAGUUGUACAGCUAUCAACCCCGACCGGUCCUAGUUCGCUCCAGAAAGCCCACUUACUGUGCCGUCAUGUGUUCUUUUUCACUCAAGAUGGGGUGAUUGCCGGGGUUGAUGUACGGAUCGCUGUGGUCUCUGCUGUUGUGUACUUUUCUCGUACCCACAAGUUGGGUGGUUUGUUGUGAACACUAUUUAUAAAGAAUCACUUCUAUCGCCAUUUUUACUGACACUAUGCGUAUAUGGUGGCAACGCCACUCACGUCUUUGUACCGUAAUCGACGUACAAAUAUUUAACAGUAAUAUAUAUGUAAUACCCGCUAUUUUCUUUCAUGUACAGGGUUUCUAACCUUUGGUAACGACGCUGUGGGAUAAUAAUGAGUCGCUAUUCAGACGUAACACGCCAUGUGCCAAAUGAACGGAUAACCGUAGUCCUGUCAGAAUAUCGUGAGGAAAAGCCACCCCACCGAGAAAAGAAGCAGUUCGUUGAGUCAUUUUGCUCGUACUGCCUUCUUGUACUUUUUUAAAGUGCUACAGCGCUGGUUGGGAACAAACAAACAGGCACACAUACACACGCGCGCGCGCACAAAGAAAGUGACGCUGGUGAACAACGGAAAAAUUGCUACCACGCUGUGUGCGACGUUUUUCAAUGCGCAUGUCUAGUUCUCCACUCUCACUGACGGUUUUGUUCCUGUGCUCUGUAACUGUCAUGAUGUUGUAACUACAUGAAGCCCCACCGAUUUUGUCAAUAAAGACACAAAUAAAAGCGCAA